AUGGCAAUUCAGAAUCUAGAUUUGAUUCCUCGAUUUCCCAAGAGGCGUGAAAUACAAAAGCUUUCUGUCAACACCACCGUCACUCUCAAUGCCGUCCCAGCUCAAUCACCCAUCCCACUGCCUAAAUCGGCAUCAAAGAUCAUGACUCUCUCCGCCUAUACCAGAGAUUUAUCAUUAUGGGGGAUCCCCCGCUGGCCAUUUGAACCAAAAAUGGAGCGAAUACGCACACUCGACGGCAUUCAAGAAAGUCUACAAGGUUAUUGUUUAUCAGAUGGUAAAGUGGAGAGAAGGUUGGGAAGAGAAGAAAGAGAGGGUUAUCAUUUGAGCGUUCGAUAUCCUUUGCAGGAGAGUGACGAGACGCUGAGUGAAGUAGCAACCAUGAAGUUUGCGCGAAAGUUAGGGGUUCCCGCCCCCCGAGUAAUUGCUUGGGAUGCGAAUAGAAGGAAUAAAUUGGGAUUCGAGUGGAUUUUGAUGCGAAAAUUGGAGGGAAAAUACCUCAAGGAUGAAUGGGAAGAUUUUUUCGACGACAUUGGAAACCUUUUCGACGCGCAAGACGCAGAUGAUUACAUCACAGACUAUAGAUACGGUGAUUUCAGUACUUCGCAUCAAAUAUCGAGAGAAGUCCGACCCUUUGUUGGGCGGUUAAUAUCUAUUGCUGCGAUUAGUGACAGAAAUUCGUACUGUUCUUUCCCGGAUAGCAGUUCCUAUUUAGAAGCACUGUUGGUACCCAUAUGGAAGGAGUUAUCGACAACAUUACGAACCUCGACUAAUGAACAAGAAAUGAUCGAAGCACAAAGUCUUCAGAAGCUUGUUCAAAAAGUGCAUGCUAAGGUUCUUCAGACAUUUCCAGAAACAAGGGUAUCCACAGUCCUUGUCCAUGACGAUUUAUCGAUGAGAAACAUUUUGAUUGACGACAUGGGAAAUAUAACAGGCAUUCUAGGGUGGGAGAAUGCGACGGCCAUGCCGACCUGGAAAGCAACUCAAUAUCCGCAAUUCUUGAGUAUUGACGAAAUACAACAAUCAAGUACAGAAUAUCAAGAGAGCAUCCAUGAAAUGUAG